CUCAAGCCCUCGCAGUCCGUAUCCUUUGGGGAUUUAGACAGUCAAGAAAGAAGCAGAAGAUUCACCAUCUCAGCCCAACCUUCCGUUGUGAAUGUUACUACACAGGUUCCCUCUAGGAAGACAUCCAUGACUACUUCCAGUAGAAAGAACUCCACCAACGAUGUUCUACUGUUCUUGACUACUCACUUGCAUGGGAGUAACCAACAUCCAAUGACAUCUGUUUCUAGUGCGAAUGGUGCUCCAGUCUCUGUUCAUGGUAAUACGUCGAGUAAUAACUCUUCAAGAGUCAACUCACCAACGACAGUUGACCCAUCUUCUUCGGCUCUUAAACUGUCUUUCUCCUUUGAGUCUGGUAAGGAAAACGAUUCCUUCAGACAGAAGUCACCUUCUCCUCCUCCGUAUGCAAGAACUUUGGGCCCUUCAGGAUUGGCCUCUCCUGCUUCGACCACUUUGAACAGCCAAACUCAACCAAUUAAAAUCACCAAUUCGGGUAACAAUAGUGCCAACGUCUCUCGUAAAGGUUCCAUGAAGAAGUCAAAUAAGACAGUAGUAGCUUCCCCAGUUGGUCCUCCCGUACCUUUUCAGCAAUAUUUAUCCAAAGAGUAUGAUGGCAAAUUCCAUAUAUUGUUGGCUUGUACAGGGUCUGUUGCUACAAUAAAAGUUCCUUUGAUAAUAGAUAAAUUGUUCCAGACCUUUGGUGCUUCUAAGAUAUCCAUCCAAUUGGUGGUGACAAAGUCUUCAGUUCAUUUCUUACGAGGUCUCAAGAUCCACAACGACGUUAAGAUUUGGAGAGACGAGGAUGAAUGGGUUAAUUAUGGCGAAGGAACAUUGAAUACUACAACCGCUUCGACUUCUGAGGCUAACCCUGCCAACAAGAAGCCAAAGAGUCCAUAUGAUAAAUUGAUAUUGCAUAACGAAUUAAGAAGAUGGGCUGACAUUAUGUUGAUUGCACCCUUGUCAGCAAAUACCCUUGCAAAAAUCGCCAACGGCAUUGCUGAUAAUUUAUUGACUUCUAUAGUUCGGUCUUGGGGUCCUUCUACUUCUGGUCAGAUUAAAAAACCGAUCCUAGUCGCCCCAGCCAUGAACACGUUCAUGUAUACCCACCCAAUUACUGCUAAGCAAUUGGCGUUGAUUGCAUCACCAGACUAUGGAAUUGAAGUAUUGAAACCAGUUGAAAAGGUUUUGGUAUGUGGUGACAUUGGCAUGGGUGGAAUGAGAGAGUGGUCAGAGCUUGUUGAUUUACUCAGAAGGAAGGCGUCUAUCAUUAGGGCAGAAAGGAAGACAAGAGAUGAAAAACUAUUGGCAGAAGAGGAUGAGGAUGGGGAUGAAGAUGAAGAUGAAGAUGAAGAAGAUGACGAUGACGGCGAUGACGGCGAUGAUGACGAUGAUGAAGAUGAUGAAGAUGAAGAUGAAGAUGAAGAUGAGGAAGACGAUGAAGAUGAAGAUGACGACGAUGAUGAUGAAGUCGAUGAAAAAUAUAAAGACAACACUGAAAGAGAAAAGACUGGGAAAGUCACUGAAGAGUCAAAAAAGCAAGAUACCGACAAAUUUGAUGACACUAACGAUAAUGAUGAAAUGAUUUUUGAAAUUACUGAUCAAGAAGGAGAA